AAAGCGGUAGAUGUUGUGUUUUAUAAUAUAGGUCAUUAGUUCGGAUGAGAAAAUACAUAAGAUAUAAUUAUGUUCGGAAUAUGAUCCACGUAAUAAAACAGUUUUGUAGUAAAUAAACCGUCUGUAUUAACAUUUAUUGGACGCGCUCAAUGGAAUUGUGUCACUGAACAGAUAAUACCAUACUUUUAAAACCUGUGUGAAAAAAGUCUAUCUUUGUGGCAAAGCUAUUGAAUAAUAUUUGAUAUAUAGUGUAGGUAUAAGUAAAUAGUCAUUGAGCAAAAUAAUUAAUUUAAAACAAACAAGAUGUCUGACAAUCCACAGAAUCUUAAACGAAGGAUAUCGAGCCUUAAACAAUGGCAGGAAGGCUUAGAGGAACUACUUUCUUCCGGCAUGGAGGACUUUGAGGAGAAGUUGUUCAACUUCCUGUGUGAUCAAAAUGAACUCGUUUCCAUGGAUAAAUUUAAAAAUUUGUUGGAAGAGACCGGACUGCGGGAUAACGACUUCCGGUUGAAUGAGACGAUGCAAAAGUUUCGUAACGUAUUAGAGAGGCAAUUGCACGAUGAGCACGAGCUAAGGGGUAUGAUGGACAAAGAAACAUUUCUGGAUUGUGUUUCUGACAACAUAGUUGUGAUAUCAAAAGCACUGACCAGCCAGUUUGUUAUACCAGAAUUCAGGACAUUCACUGACAUCAUUGACAAAAUUUUCGAAAAAUGUGUGUACAACGAGAAAGGAAAGCCAGCGCAGUAUAUCCCACAACUAGCCAGAGGAAAUCCAAAACAUUGGGGUGUGUCCAUAUGCACAGUAGAUGGCCAAAGGUAUGACUUAGGGGAAACAAAUAUUCCUUUCUGUCUGCAGUCAGUAGUUAAGCCCCUAACAUACGCUCUCACGCUGAACGACCUAUCCCCAGAUGUUGUUCACAGGUUUGUAGGGCAAGAGCCCAGUGGAAGAUCUUUCAACGAGCUCACACUCGACUAUCAAAACAAACCUCACAACCCUAUGAUAAAUGCCGGUGCAAUCGUGACAUCUUCACUGCUGAAGAAAGGUUUGGUCAUCGCUGACAGAUUCGAUUAUGCGAUGGACGAGCUGAAGAGAUUGUCAGGUCAAGAACACGUCACAUUCAACAACUCAGUGUAUUUGUCAGAAAGAGCUACCGCAGACAGAAACUUUGCCUUGGGUUAUUACAUGAGGGAAAACAAAUGUUUUCCAUCUGAAGCUGAUCUGGUAGAAACUUUAGAGUUUUAUUUCCAACUGUGCUCAAUCGAGGUAACUGCACAAUCCGGGGCUGUUAUAGCGGCUACAUUAGCCAAUGGCGGGAUAUGCCCUACAACGGGAGAUAAGGUGCUUAACUCAGAGGCUGUACGAAAUACUCUUUCACUGAUGCACUCAUGCGGCAUGUACGAUUAUUCCGGGCAGUUUGCUUUUAAGGUAGGACUGCCUGCAAAGUCAGGCGUGGCUGGAGGAGUUUUACUUGUAAUUCCAAAUUUGAUGGGAAUUUUUACCUGGUCCCCUCCACUGGACCAGUGGGGUAACAGCAGCAGAGGGGUACAAUUCUGUGAGGAACUGGUGGCUAACUUUAAUUUCCACAACUACGACAAUCUCAAACAUACCAGCAAGAAGUACGAUCCUCGAGGUCGUGCCGUGGAGUCCAAGGCCCAAGAUGUUGUCAACGUACUCUUCAGUGCUUUCAAUGGUGACGUCACUGCUAUGAGAAGGUACGCCUUACUGGGUAUGGACAUGUCGCUUGCCGACUAUGAUGGAAGAACAGCUUUGCAUCUUGCCGCUGCCGAAGGACACGAGUCAAUCGUUCGAUUUCUGCUCGAGAAAUGUAAUGUUAAUCCUCAUCAAAAAGACAGAUGGAACUUCACAGCUUACGAUGAUGCUAAGCGGUUCAAACAUGACGAUGUGGCAAAGAUUCUUCUGGAAUAUAUGAAGAAACAUCCGACACCAGAGGGAGAACUUCAGAUCGAAGAUAUCAAUGAAAAAAUUAAACAUUUGUAUAAUAUCGACUGAUCUGAAAGAUGUCCGGGUAAUGGUACAGAUCACGUUUGUAAAGUAUUUGGGGGAAACAAUGAGCUACAUGUAAUACUAACACGCAGAAAACAUGCAGUGUUAAGGUGUGGCAGUGAACACGUGCAGGCGGUGACUACUAGGAAAAUGGCAGUACGUGACACAUAAAGUGUUUGAUACUAUAAACAUUGACUUUUAUCUACAUGUAAAAGAACUUACGUUAUCAAAAACAGAUAUACACACAGAAGGGGAUUUUUGUGUAUAACUAGAAUUUUAUAUACAUUGCACUAGCAUUUAAUUUGCACAAGCGUGUAUUAGCAAUUUGAAAGUUCGAUUUUCAGUCCCCUACUGGUGGAACACCGGAGCGGACUAUAGGAAUGCCCUCCGUCCGUCCGUGUGUCCGAGCCGACAUUUGUAUACUUAGAUGGCUAUAGGAACAAUAGGUAACUGAACUUUUUCUUUGAUGUCAUUCAUUCAGUAAGGCUUUUAUGCGGCUAUUUUUCUUUUACGUGGCUAAAAGAACAAUAGAGAGAACAAAAGAGUAGCCACAUAAAUAACCUACACAUAUAGGAACGUCCGUCUGUCCGUCCGCAAAUCUGGAUUCUGCGAUAUCUCAAGAAGUAUUCAAGCUAGGUUCAUAAAACUUGGUAUGUGUAGAGUAUGCACGUACAUAACUUAUCCUUGUCGGUCAAAGGUCAGGGUCACUGUUGAAGGUGAAAUAAAAAUUGUUUCUGCUCCAUAACUUUUAUAUGCAUUGAUGGAUUAUCUUAGUACUACAGUCAAACGUUCCCCAUGAUGAGACAACGCAUGACUCUAUGCUUGUUGGUUAAAGGUCAAUGUCACUGUUCAAGGUCAGGUAACAGUUUGUUUCUGCUUCAUUACUUUUAAUUGCAUUGAAGGAUUCUUUAAUACUACACAGAAAUGUUCCCCACGAUUAGGCUAUGUGUCGCGCACAUGACCCAUGGUUGUCGGUCAAAGGUCAAUGUCACUAUUGAAGGUCAAGUAAAAUUAUUUUUCCCGGUAGGGGACUUCUGUAUAGCCAUUGCAACUCUGUCACUUGUUUAUAAUUGUCCCUUCUCUCCAUAAACAAACUACACAUAAACCAGACAAUUUCAGGCUGAUGAAUUUUUCAUGUCUGCCAGUUAUGUAGUGUUGCCGCACUGAAAUUGAUACCAAGCAGUAGGAGAUUUGUGUUGAACUGUUUGUUCAAGGCUCCACUUCUGUUCCUUUAUCGAAACGUCAGGUACCACAUGUACAUACGCAAUUAUAUAUAUGUACACAUUUCAUAUCGAUGUCGUAUAAAGGAUACAAAUUUUACAUGUAUAUAGUUAUACGAUACAAACGUAUGUAACUGACCGAUUUCUUGUACAGUGAAACUAUGCAUGCAUAUGAUAUUUGUUUUUCAUGUCCCUAAUUAAUAAGCAAAGAACUAUAUUCUAAUAUUUGUGAAAAAAAAACUGAUUAUAUCCAGGUACAUUUAGUGUUGACUUUGAUGGGUUUCUUUAAAAAAAAUUAGGAACCACCGAUCAUCGAUACUGACUUGACUAUGCCUUAUUAUUAUACAUGCAUGUGCCACGUUAGUCCUUGUUCAUCAUAUCAUCAAUCAAACUAUGCGCUGCGGUGGGCAGAAGCAACUUGCAACAGUUUUGACGAGACUUGAUAAAUUGUAUACGUUUGAUAACCCUUAACAUGCAUGAUUGUUUGUGGAUAGUUUUGUGAUCGAACACCUCAAGUUUGACAACUUUGUAUUACUUGGAACAGUCCUAAAGUUCUGAAGUAAAGUAAUAUUGCAUACUUCUUGCUGCAUGCCACUUCAAACGAAGCACUGUUUUCAAUAAAAGUCAUUUUUCAAAAAUACUAUAGAUUGUAGUUUACACAAAAGCUUGCCUCCACACACACCGCGAAUCUUCACUAAUACUAGACAUGACAUGGGAAGGGCUGUAUGCUGAUGUUGAAAUAACUCGUAGCCCGACCCUUUUGUUUUUUGUUGUGUGUUAAAAAUGUAUGUAAUAUUGUGUGUAAUAUUGAAACAGAGAGCAAUAAAAUAUGAUUAAACUAAACUAGACAUAACAAA